AUGUCAUCCACAUCAGCACGUAUAAGAUCAACAACUCUAGACCGAUCCUUACAGAAAACGAAAGGCGAUGUUAAUUUGAGCACAUUCGCUUUGCUAUUUUCUGAAAUGGUUCAAUACUCACACAAUCGUGCGGAUAGUAUCCAGGAUCUACAGAAUAAACUGGCCGAUUUUGGAAAACAUGUUGGUGUACGUAUACUUGAUUUAUUCUUUUUACGUAAUGGAAAAGAUAAACGAGAAGUACGUCUUACUCCUAUGCUUGUAUUUAUUCAAAAAACAUUUUGGAAAUUUUUAUUCAAUCGUGAAGCUGAUCAUCUUGAACAACAUGCACAAGAAGCGAAAAUUUAUUACAUCAUCGAACGCGAGUGUUUAGUUAACAAAUUUAUUUCUGUUCCGAAAGACAAAGGUACUUUAAAUUGCGCAUCUUUCGUCGCUGGAAUUGUCGAAGGUAUUCUGUGUACAAGUGGCUUUACAUGUAAAGUUCAUGCACUUCAAGGCCCACGUGGUACAACCUAUGUCAUCGAUUUUGCUCAAUCAGUCAUGGAUCGCGAAAGUCGGUUAGAUGCCAACGUAUCCAUUACAUGCUACGAUUCGACAACUGAGACCUGUCUUCGUUUAACCGACAAAUCAAUGGCUGCUCAGAGGUUACUCACAGAUACAAACGGACCCUAUUACAGUAGUGGUAGCGGAAAUUUCCCGGCAACAAACGGUCCCGAUGGCUCGGCUAACCUGUAUCCUUCUUCGUUCAAUAAUGAAACAUCUCCACCAUCAGUACCCGUUCCUCACCAUUUAUCGAAUGUUCUCGGACCUGUCACUGAUUCGUCAGCGACAACUAACCAUGCGAACAGUGUCAAUGCCGAUAAUCAACUUAAGCAACAGAAAGAUAUGAUAUACAGCCAUCCAUUGUUUCCAUUAUUGGCGUUAAUUUUCGAAAAAUGUGAAUUAGCAACUUGCACACCAAGAGAUCUUGGUGGAUCGGGCGAUAUAUGUUCAUCCGAAUCAUUUAAUGAUGAUGUGGCAGAAUUCACCAAACAGCUUCAAAAAGAUCCGAAUUACAUUUCCACCAAUCCCGAGUUGGAUAAUGUGAUGAUACAAUCGAUUCAAGUCCUACGAUUUCAUCUACUGGAAUUAGAAAAAGUUCACGAAUUGUGCGACAACUUUACUCAUCGUUAUAUUACUUGUUUGAAAGGCAAAUUACCAAUGGAUUUAGUUAUUGACGAACGUGAUUCAAAUGUAUCAUCAUCGAAAUCAGGCGAUGACGAUGAUCAAGAUGAUGAUCAAUCGAGUCCACAACCACCACACGGACAGCCUCCACAUCCUCCAACGAGUUCAUCACGUUCAUCAUCUUAUAAUCAACAUAGUCCAGAUGGGUCAACAACACCAUCGAACUACAAUCUUCCUCAUCAACCAAAAUCUCUUCGAUCAUCAUCGAUGACAACAGCUUCACAAUUGACACCUCUCGUUUCACCGCAUCACUUCGGUCAUCCAGCUCAUCAUCACCAUCACCAUCAUCAUCAGCCGCCACUACCACCACCAUCACAUUUUCAACAACAAUUGCCUCCACCACCUUCUGCACAUCCAUCUUAUUCCAAUCAUCUUCUUGGCCCUCCUCAUCCAUCACUUUUAAAUCAUUUAUCUCAACCACCACAACAUUUUCAUCCUCAAUCAGCUCAUCAUUCAAUGCAUAAUGAUGACACUCAAUCGACACAUUCUUCGUCAGAUACCAACACUCCGAACGCAAGCCAACCAUCAAUGACUAAUUUGAACAAUCCAACAAAUAGUUAUCAUCUCCUUCAUGAUAACAACAGUGAAACGGGCGACAAUUUCGAUAACAGUGUUGGUUCAGGUGGUGAUAACACAGGCGGAGAAGAUGAUUUGGAUGAUAAUGCAAAAAAGCGUCAAAAGAAACGCGGUAUUUUUCCAAAAGUUGCCACAAAUAUCAUGCGAGCAUGGCUAUUUCAACAUUUAACGCAUCCAUAUCCGUCCGAAGAACAAAAGAAACAACUAGCUCAAGAUACUGGAUUAACAAUUUUACAAGUUAAUAACUGGUUUAUCAAUGCCAGACGUCGAAUUGUUCAACCAAUGAUUGAUCAAUCUAAUCGUGCUGGUAAGUUAAAUGUGAAUGGCAGCGAAGAUCUACGUGGAUCAAAUCUGUCCUAUGUACCGACAUUGGUCUGCAUGCCUCCUCCACCUUCUCCUCAUUCGACUAUGACCAAACGACGUGUAAAUACCAAACGAAAUCGAGAAUUAGCACAGGAUCCAAGAAAGUCUCACCGUCGACCAACCACGAUUCCUACAGAAUUCACAGACUGUUUCGGUCCCUAUUCACCCGAUGCAGCGGCAGCGGCAGCUAUGCAUUAUCAAUUCGGAAACGGUGGUGGUGGUGGUGGUUAUCCAGCAGCACCUCAUGAUAUUUUCGGAUCGUAUGCUCAAAUGUCACAAUUUCGGAGUCCGAUGAUGGUGAUGUAUCCAGGUGGUUAUCCUGUUGCAUCAAGUCCGAAUAGCAUGAUGGAUCCGAUGAGUCAUCAUCAUCACCAACAGCAAGAAUCAUCUGCAGUUACGAGCGGAGCAGCGUAA